GAAUUUUUGCAUCCUCUUUAUAUUUUGGCAUAUUAUAUUCAUCUGCAGUAUAGAGGAAAGAGCUUAAAAGAUAAUGGAUUUUACAAAGCAGCUCUUACUUCUCUUGAGCUUUGGCAAAAUCUUGGACAUACUCGAUCAGAAGGUGAAGAGUUAAUUGCACAAUUACGACAUUUUGAAGCACGAUUGCCACCAUUUGAUCUUCCUUAUGUUUCCAGUAUGGAUACUCCAAAAAUUUGGUGGAGUUUCUUUAAGAAUCAACCCUGA